AUGGCGACAGAUUUGGCGGAAACUUCAACAGGAUUGAGUUUUGGGCAACGAUGCAAUGAUGUUGAUGCGUAUAUGUCUCCAACCAAAGAUUUGGAGUGGACGACCACCUCAUGCGGAACAGCAUGCACCGGAUUCACUGGAGUCAAGAAAACCUCGACCAUGUCGAGCCCGGAAGCGACGUGGGAGCUGGCAGGAAGAGCCAGGACGGAGCGGAGCGAGAACUCAAGCAUGUCUGGGCUUUCACCGACGGCAAAAGAGCUUCUCACGGAGGUUGACCCAGAGAUUCUUCGUGGCGUCCGGCUUGACAUCGCUCUGCAGGGUCUUGGACGACACCUGCGUCCACCAGAUUCUGGCAUGUUUCAUGUGGAUCCGAAGAACUAUGCUUUGAGUCGGAAGACUGCCAAAUUUCAUGCCUUCCUCAGCCACGACUGGGCAUCAUCCAGAUGGAUGAAGGUGAUUGCGCUUCUAAUUGCCUUCAAUGCACGUGCAGCCUCGAUCACCACAACUAUCGUCAGCGUUCUGACAGGACUUCUGUGUGCUUUCGGGGUACUACCCCGUGAUAUGUGGAUUGCUGUCCUGCCGCAUGCCACAUUCUGGCUUGUGCUCCUGUUCUGGCAGCGGAUUAGAAGCUUCGUGGGUUUUCCAGUUGUGGUUUUCCUGGACAAGCUCUGUAUUGCACAGCAUGACGAGAACCUGAAAGAGAAGGGGGUGCUGGGACUGGCAGCUUUCCUGAACCGCUCGGAUGAACUGACAAUUCUUUGGUCCAAAAACUACUUCCGCCGGCUUUGGUGCAGCUUUGAGCUUGCAACGUUUAUGAAGGACAGCAACAAGCAUGCGCACAUUCGGCUGGUGCCCCUGAAGAUGGGGGUCUUGGUGGCGCUCUGGUCACAAGUCGCAGUGGUCGCAGCGGCCCUGCUCCACCUUUCGCUAGACGCGGACUGUGGUCACAUUCGAUGCCAUCUCAUUGUGGGGAGCCUGGUGGCUGCAGCCGUCAUUGCAAUCUUUCCUGCGCUUAAUUAUAUUGGCAUUGGCCUCAUGCAGGAGCUGGAGGACUUGCCUCGGCAGGUGUGCAACUUUCGGGUGCAGCAAUGCGAGUGCUUCUGCUGCUCAAAUCAACACCGACAUCCGGACACGGGGGCAGAAAUCCAUUGCGAUCGCGCCGCUGUUGGGCAGAUGCUUCAGCAGUGGUUUGGACGACCAAGUGACGUCGGCGAGGAGCACUGCAGACGCUUCAAUCGUCUCGUGCGUGAUCGCUUGGGCCCCCAAAUCCUCGGCUCUGUUGGAAGUGAUGCCCUGCCAAUCUCCUACGUGCUCUACGUGGUUUGUUGCAGUAAUGUUCCCUGGCUGUGUACGGUCAUUGACCGUAUUGCAGCAGGACCGGCCGCCGCAGCUGGGAUUGAUUCCCUGUUCUGGGGCCUCCGGAUUUUCCUUCAAUGGGCACAACUCUGCCUCGCGGCGUUGUGCGUCAUGCGUGUUAGCCUACUGCUGUGGAAGCAAGGGCGCAACAUACAAGGGCAUGGAAAGCGCUUCCUGGCGUCAAUUGCCAUGGUCGUCCCAAUAGUAGCAACCGGAAUGGCCACCUGGUGGUCUUUCGUUCUGGUCUACGAUGCGACUCCAGACAACAGCAUGCUUCCCGCGAUUCCAUUUAUCGUGGUGCUUGCCAUCGAUGUGUACCUAUAUUGGCCGCCAACCGUGCAGGUGUCCGACUUGGAACGGACUCCAGAGACGCUACCGGGAGUUUUAGAAGCCGGGGAGAUUUGCUCUCCAUGUUCCUCCAUCACUGGCGACAUGUUCUCUCCGGUCAACGUCCUUCCCAGUGUAUGGCCCAGUGAACAGAAAG